AUGGAAGACUCUAUGCUUAGCUUUGUGCUUGGGUCAAUAUUCAUGCUGGGUGUUUGCCGCUCAGCACAUCACAUAAUGCAUGUUUUGUCUUCGAUUUCACUGCUGGGCUUUGUGUAUUGCACAGCAAGCCGUCGAGAUGCAAGCAUCCAGAUAAAGAUUUUGGGACUAAAAGACAUUUCUGCUUUGAUUAUCGGUAUUGCAAUUGAAAGCACCCUCCUAGCAAAGUCUGAAAGAUACAUGGGAGGAGGUGCACUGAAGAGAGUUGCAGCAUGUGGUUUGUCCUUGUCAAUUACGAUGUUCUGCAUAAGCAUUGGAUGCCUGAGAAAGUCUGUGGAAAAUAGAAGAUUCUUUCCAAAGGGCCUGUAUGCAUAUGCCAGACAUCCGUUGUAUCUGUCAUUGAUGGUUUUCUGGGCAUCCUGCUGUGUGUAUGCAUCAUGCUUCGUUUCAUUUGCGUUCUUUGUAUGGUUCACAAACUUCAAGGUGUUCCCAAGAAUGAGGGACGAAGAGUCAGAGAACGAAAAAAUAUACACUGAUUAUGCAAGAUAUCGGAAGUCCACGUGGUCUGGUGUUCCAAUGUAUAGAUGA